AUGCUUGGUCUGUUUACGUUUCCUAUUUUCCCCCUUUCUUCUUCUCUAGAUGGAGAGUAUCAUAGAUAUAGAGCAGAGCUGCAGCCUUCAGAUUGUGGAACAGAAGUUACGCCCGUUUCCUCGAAGCAAAACCCGAUCACCCAGAAUCUUCCUCCAGCACCACAAAAUGGAGGUCUGUCAUUCUAUACACACGGCAAGCCUUUAUCUGGCCACUUACACUUCAUCAUCCAACAAGCAGCACUCAGCAAGGGACAACUAUUCCCAUGCACGGUGUGUGGUACAUAUUUUACUGAUAGGGCAGGGCUCAUCUCACAUGAGAGAUUGCAUACGGCCCAGAAACCCUAUUCCUGUUCUGUAUGCGGUAAAGGUUUCCCCUGGAAAUCAUCCCUUGCCAAGCAUGAAAAAAUCCACAGAGGAGAGAAGCCGUAUUCCUGUUCACAGUGCGGAAAGUGCUUCAUCGAAAGAUCCUCUCUUGUUAUCCACGAGAGAAUUCACACUUCCGAGAAGCCGUUUUCUUGUUCAGAGUGCAGCAAAAGCUUCACCCAUAACGGGAACCUCAUCGCUCAUCGGAAGACCCACCAAGGACUGAGGCCAUUCCCGUGCUCCGAGUGCGGAAAGUGCUUUAGCCGGAAAUCAGCUCUCAUAGUGCACCAGUCUUUAAUUUCACACACACGGAUUCAUACAGGAGAAAGGCCGUUUUCAUGCCCCGAGUGCGGAAAAUGUUUCCGCUGUAAGACCCGCCUUCUCAAGCACCAGAGGACUCACACGGGGGAAAAGCCGUACACAUGUUCAGAUUGCAAGAAAUUUUUUUCCUCGCGGGAAUGCCUGAUCAGACACCAGAGGAUUCACACAGGAGAAAAGCCAUAUACAUGCUUGGAGUGUGGAAAGUGUUUUGCCGUCAGAUCGGUUCUUGUCAUACAUCAAAGAACACACAGCGGGGAUCGCCCCUAUCUGUGUUCCAAAUGUGGGAAGAACUUUUCUUGUAAACGGCUACUGACCAGCCAUCAGAAAGUUCACAUGGGGGAGAAGCGACCUUACUGUGACGAAUGCGGUAAAUAUUUUAGCCAAAAGUCAACUCUCGUGACGCACCAAAGAAUUCACACGGGGGAAAAGCCUUACUCGUGCACGGAGUGCGGGAAAUGUUUUUCCGUGAGGAGACGUCUUAUUUCACAUGAAAGAAUUCACAUGAAGGACGAGUCGUUUUCCUGUUCUGAAUGUGAGAAAUGUUUUGCUGACAAGUCAGCAUUUGAAACACAUCUUAGAACACACACGGGUGAUAGGUCAUAUUCAGGUCCAGAGUGA